GUGCGAAGGGGAGGAACGGGAAGAUGGCGGCGCUGCAGGGGUAUCCCGUCUCGGUCUCUUACAGCCACAGCGGCUCCGCCGACACAUCGGCCGGGCCGCAGCCCCAGCACCAGCCGCCACACGCCGAGCGGAGCAAAGAAGAGGCGACAGAAGCUGAGAAACUGAGUAGAAUGAACUCUUUGCUUGAGAAACUGCAUGCAAAGUACAGUCAGACAAGACCCUGGACUGAAACAGCAAAACUUGUUCGGCAAGCCAUGGAGAAAAGAAGUAUAAUGAACACUGGAGGCCACCAGCAUCUUAUUGCCUGUUUGGAGACUCUGCAGAAAGCAUUAAAAGUCAUGUCCCUGCCUGCAAUGACAGAUCGCCUUGAGUCUAUUGCCAGACAGAAUGGCCUUGGUUCACAUCUGAGCCCUUCUGGUACUGAGUGUUACAUUACGUCAGACAUGUUCUAUGUGGAAGUGCUGUUGGAUCCAACAGGCCAAGUGUGUGAUGUCAAGGUGGCACACCAUGGAGAAAAUCCUGUGAGCUGCCAGGAACUGGUGCAGUAUCUGAGAGAGAAGAAUUUUUUGGAGUUCUCAAAUCACCUUAAAGGUCUCGUCAAUUUAUAUAAACUCCCAGGGGACAAUAAAUUGAAAACUAAGAUGUACCUAGCCCUACAGUCCCUGGAGCUUGAUCUUACUAAGAUGGCACAUAUGUUCAGGUUAGCAACAAAUGCAAGUAACCUUGAUACAAUACUUCAAGGAAGUGUUGGUUACCUUACCCCAAGGAGCGGUGGACACUUGAUGAACUUAAAGUACUACAUCUCUCCUUAUGACCUGUUUGAAGAGGGAACUGGUUCUCCUAUGAACCUUAAUGAAAGUAAUGUUCCCCGUUCCUUGGGUAUGAAUGUGUUUGUAACAAUUGAGGGACCCACCACGGCAAUGUGUAAACUGCCAAUAGCCCCCCUGAUCUGUGGUUCUCAUCCCACUGACAACAAAGGCACUCCUUCUUUUUCUUCUGUGACAAAUGCAAACAGUGUGGACCUUCCAGCCUGCUUCUUCCUAAAAUUUCCAAGGCCAAUUCCUGUAUCAGCGUUCUGCAUUCAGAAACUUCAGAACUUUUUAGGUAUCCCACUCUUUGAUCCUCCUGCUACUCCAGUUCCACUCUAUGAAUUGAUCACGCAAUUUGUGCUCUCAGGGAAGGAUGGCAUCUCAUCAACUUUGAAACACAACAUGCGGUUUUAUGCUUCUUUACCAGGCCAGCAGCAUUGCUACUUUCUGAACAAGGAUGCCCCAAUCCACGAUGGAAGGUCCCUGCAGGGGACACUGCUUCAUAAAAUCCCUUUCAGACAUCCAGGCCAGGUGCCACAAAUCCUGGAACUUAUCCGACAUCAAGUGGCCUACAACACACUGAUUGGGAGCUGCGUGAAAAGGACUGUGCUAAAGGAAGAUUUACCUGGACGUUUACAAUUUGAGGUGUGUCCACUGACUGAUACCAGCUUCAGCCUGUCUUUCCAGCACCCAGUCAAUGACUCCCUUGUCUGUGUUGUGAUGGACGUACUGGACUCAAGACAAGUGAGCUGUAAGCUCUAUAAAGGACUCUCUGAUGCCCUCAUCUGUACUGAUGACUUCAUUACCAGAGUUGUACAGCGAUGUAUGUCCAUCCCAGUGACGAUGCGAGCAAUCCGUCGAAAGGCUGAGACCAUCCAAGCAGACACUCCGGCCUUACCCCUCAUUGCGGAGACAGUCGAGGACAUGCUGAAAAGGAAUCCACCACCAGCCACCAGUCCUGGCUACAGCACACAACUGGGCAACAACCCAGCUAGUGGCACCACGACUCCAACAAACACCUUUCCUGGGCCCAUUACCAACAUCUUCAAUUUAGGAAACAUGGGAGUGAAAGAAAGGCAUGAGUCAGGGCAUGUGGAGGAUUCUUUUAAAGUAAAUCAGAACCCCAUUCUGACUAGUUUACUGCAAAUUACAGGGAGUGUUGGUUCAUCCAUUGGUUCAAGUCCUACGCCACCAGGCCAUACGCCACCACCAGUAUCUUCCCCUGCAAGUAAUACCAAAAAUCACCCCAUGCUCAUGAACUUACUUAAGGACAACCCAAGUCAGGAUUUCUCUACACUGUAUAAUAGUAGUCCUUUGGAGAGGCAGAAUUCUUCAUCAAGUUCUCCUAGAAUUGAUGUGGCUUCAGGCAGCACAAAACAGAAAAAAAAGAGGACAAGGUCACAGACAGAUAAGCCCAAGCAGCAACAGACCGAGGAGGACUUUCAGAGAGAGCUCAUCUCCAUGGACUUUGAUGCUCCAAACAGUGUCUUUGAUGUAAACUUGGCGGGAGAUUCUUUGGACACUCCGCACAUCACCCCUGCCCCCAGUCAAUGUAACACACCACCUACUACCUAUCCUCCCACAGUUGUGCAUUCUCAGCAAUCCAGUAUGCCGAGAAUGGUGCGCCUCCCCAGCACAGACAGCAUUGGAGCAGACGUCACGGAGAUUCUGUCUGAUAUAGCAGAACAGACUGCGAAACUGGCCAGCACAGGGGACAAUUGCCAGUCCAUUGGGACACCAGUCCGUGAUUCUUCGAGCUCUUCUCAUUCUGCUGUAAAUAGUACAUUUGAUGCGGAUGUUUUUCAAGGUGAAAGCAAUGAGAACACGUACACCGAUCCUGCAGAUUUAAUAGCAGAUGCUACUGCUACUCCAACCAGUGACUCUUCAAACCAGUUUUUUCCCGAUGGAGUAGAUUUUUUAUUAGAUAAUCAAAGUGGGAACAAUUUUGUGAGUGGCUACUUUGAUGAGAGCAGCCAGGGUGGAGAUGGCGAGGACACAAAGAGCUUUCCAUCACAGGCACUUGACUCGAUUAAUGUGCAUGCAAUGAGCAGUGAUGCUGGAGAUCGCUCCAAAGGCAGUAGCCAUACGGACAUGGUGGAUUUCAGUAUGUUUACAAGUGGCAGCAAGUCAUUAGGGCCAUCCGAUGGGAUGGAACACAGUGGGAAUCAGAGCCCUUUGUUGAGCACUGUGGAGGUAGGAAAAAUGGAUAAAUCUCAAAAGCAGCGAUCUGCUAAGGAGGGAAAUGGUAGCAGCAACAGCAGUUUAUCAGGGAUGGGUACGGAUGGAAAGCCUGGGAAACGCACCAGGACACCAUCGAAUGAAGGGAAAAGCAAAGAAAAGCCUCCAAAACGCAAGAAAACUGACUCCGAAAGUAAAUCGCCCUCUCACAGUGUAUCGAGUCGUCCUUUCACUCCGCCAGCUAGUACCACUGGCUCUAAGUCACCUGGAAGCUCCAGCCGGUCACAGACACCGCCUAGUGGGGCCACGCCUCCAAUUCCAAAAAUUACAAUUCAGAUUCGCAAAGAGAUGGUUGGCAAAUCGUCCUCGCAUAGUCAGUUUGGGUCAGGCUCUUCAUCCAGCAGUAAAAGUCACCACUCGCAUUCCUCAACUUCCUCUUCCUCCAGCAAAGUGAAAAGCAACAAAUCGGAAGGCUCUUCCAGUUCGAAAAUGAGCAGCAGUCUUUAUCCAGGCCAAAGCAGUACCAGCUCAAGCCAGUCUAAGAGUUCUUCUCAGUCCAUGGGAAAACCCAGCUCUUCUCCAGUCACCAAGCAUGGGUUAAGCAGUAGUAAUAGUUUGAGUUCCAGCAACAGUGGUAGUAAUAAAAUGAAACCACAAGUUAAAUCGUCAUCCUCCUUGGUUAAUCCAUCUGGAGGAAAGCCCAAUGUGUCUCCUUCCCAUUCGAGACCUUCAGGUAACUCAGACAAACUUUCAUCACCAUUGAAGCCCAUCCCCGGGACCCCGCCUACAAAGGCAAAAUCUCCAGUAAGUUCUGUCUCGGGGAGUUCUCACAUGUCAGGUUCUAGUUCCAGUUCAAGCAUGAAACAGUCUUCUGGUAUGGCAUCCUCAAGUUCUUUGAACCAGAAACCUCCAACCUCCUCCUCCUCUUCCUCCUCUUCCUCAGCUUCCUCAAUGUCCUCAUCUCAGAAUGCUCACGGAAACUUAAUUAAAGGAAAAUCUCCAAGUCGAACCAAGAAGCCAUCCUUGACUGCAGUGAUUGACAAGUUGAAACAUGGUGUGGGUGGUAUAGGUGGUUCGGGUUCAGAAGACUGUGCAGAUGGUCAAGUGAGUACGGCAACAAUGUCUUCUACUCAUAGCAUGCCAUCCAAGCACAAUAUGUCCCCUACAGAUUACCAGGGAAAGCGAGAGAAAAGUGACAAAGAUGGAAAAUCCAAAGUGUCUGUCUCGGGCAGUUCAGGUGAUGGUGGAAAGAAAUCAUCUGACUCCAAGAAUGGUGGUGGUACUGGUGUGGCAAAAAUUAUCAUUAGCAAGCAUGAUGGUGGUUCUCCAAGCAUUAAGGCCAAAGUUACCUUGCAGAAGCCAAGUGACGGUAGUGGUGAUGGUUUGAGACCACAGAUAUCUGGUGCAAAAAACUAUGGUUCACCGUUGUUCAGUGGUUCAACGCCGAAACAUGAACGCUGUUCACCAAGCUACAGCAAAUCUCCUGCUUACACCCCCCAAGGGGGAGAUAGUGGCAGCGAAUCAGGAUCAUCCUUUGCUGAGAAGUCCCACCAGAACAGUCCGAGUUCAGAUGACGAUGUCCGACCACUCCCUGAGUACAACUUAGAAAAGCAUAAAAAGCACAAAAAGGAGAAGAAGAAAGGCAAGGAUAAGGAUCGUGACAGGGACCGAGACCGCGAUAGAGACAGGGAGAAGAAAAAAUCUCACUCCAGCAUCAAGCCAGAAAGUUGGUCAAAGUCUCCUAUUUCAACUGACCAAUCCUUAAAUAUGGCAGGGAGCACAUCCCUGAACUCUGAAAGGUCGUCUCGCCCUAGCCCAGCAUUUUUGUUUGGAGAUGAUGAUGACCUUAUGAAUGUGGCUCUGAUUGGGAACUGAAUUGAAGUGCAUUGUUUUUAAAGCAAGGCUGUCUAUUGUGUGACAAUAGUAUUUUAUUGCUGAUUACAUGAGAUUCUUGACUUUAAGCUAAUAACUUGCUGAGAAUCUGGCAGAUGCCUCAGUGGUGUUAAGCUUGUCAUUUUUUUAAUGUCAGCAACCAGUUAUCAAACAGUGUAUGUGAAAUGUAACAUAUUGUAUAUUUUUGAGAGAUUGGGCUUUGUUAAGUCUUACAUGAAAAUUAUUUUGUCUUCCCUUGCUUAUCAGUCUUUUAAGGGGGCAAAAUCCACCCAAAUAUUGGGGUUUUUGUAUGGAGACUUCCUGGCCCAAAGCAAAAGGUUGGGCCCAAAAAAUCUUAGCAAUUUUUCACUAAUUGCUCCUAAUCUCCUCUUUGUGUUUGGUUCCUACAUUUUACAGCUGUUUUACUGACUGAAAUAUACUUUAAAAUUGAAAGGAGACUGAGGCCUUGUGUGCUAAGUCUCUCAUAUUUUUCAAAUGACUAAGAUGACCAUGCGAAUACUUUCUCCUCGUCUCCCAUGCCACGUACAAAGAUUGUAUUUAACUAUUUACAAGGCCCAGAUUCUUUUAUAUAAAAACCUAAGAUGCUUUUAACAUACUUUAUUUUUA